ACGAGGGUCCCCUGAAGGCACCACAGACAGACCGGCAGAGAGCAAUCUGACUGAUGGAGGCGGCUCGUUGAGCGGCUAAAUAAUACAAGCAGUCAGCUGAAGACGGAUUGAACAGACAGAGGGAAAUAAGAAGGAAUAAAAGAAUUGCGUCUUUAUGAACGCGGGACGUUGAAUUUUCGGGUUGAAAACGCGCACGCCGAGAAGAGCCGCGACGAGGAAAGACUUUUCUUCACGUUUUCCGGCUUCUUUUGUGAGCAGGACGGCCCAUUCAGUGACGGUCCGGGUUCUGCACAGUUCAAUCAAGGAAAACUGCACCAUUCAGAGGUCAAGAGGACGUCUACAGACAUAUUUUAGCUUUACUUAUGAAUGAAAAUAUGAUGUUUUUCAAUGCAAAUAAAUGUCCUUCAUUAACAAGUGCAAAGCGGUCUUUGUCCACAGGCCCCCUGCCGCGCUGUUUAUCCCCACGUUUACACAUAACAAGCUCAGUGGGAGUUUAACAUCAGCCAGCCGUCAGAAAGCCUGGACAGUUUGGCUCGCCUCCAGACAGAUUGGCACUUUGUCAGCCAUCACCCCCCCGGUCCGUAACAACCUACUUGGCUGUUGAAAUCCUGUAAUGAGUCUGUGUUUCUGUCCCUCAGACAUGAAGUCACUCUUCAUCCGUUGGCGUCGGAGUGGUGUUCUUCUUAAAAGCGACGAUGCAUACACAUUCGAUUGAGCUAGCAGAGUAAAUAUAUUUACUGAAAGUCUUUUUAAUUUUUUUUCAAAUUUAGCUCACGGUUUCUGCCGUUGACCCAGCGCAGGAUCAGAGCCCAGAACCAUUUGUUGAUCGCCAGGCCGCUACUUUAUCCCCCUCUGCGUUGUUUUCCAGGCAAAUGAGAGGAUUGUCUGCUUUUCACUGCCGGAUUUGAGUUUAAACUCCAAACAUUUGAACUUCGGCUUUGGGUUAAACAGAAACGAGACACUUGAAGAUGUCACGUUGACGUCAACAUUUUGCCCCUCAAUAUUGAGCAUAAUCUUUAGCUGCUGUGGAUUAUCGUAAUGCCCCAGCAAAAUGCACAGAGGGCAACUGCUUUUUCCAGAUGGAAAGUGGAAUAAAAUCUGUCAUAUCCAGAUAUGUCCGAUUGGCCAUGUGGGUGGCAUUAUAGACACACACACACAGAGCGGGGGGCAGAUGGCAUCAGCACUGUCUCUUUGUCCCCCUUUCGGGUCGGGAACAGGUGGUGGGCGUGUUGGCUUUGGUUUUAUGGAUUUUGUGCUUGCGUGAGAGUAGAAAGCACAGUAACGCAACGCUCUUCGAAACAUGAUGUCAGUUUAAUGCUACGCAGACUUCGUGAUGGGACGGAUGAUGUUGUCACAACCGUCAAGUCUUUGUGAGGAUAAAAGACAACGAGGCUGAGCUGUCUGCGAUUCUUCUCCUCGGUCCUACACGAGGAACCAAAGGAGCCGGCGGGGAGAGUCGCUCUUCCUCGUGUUCCCUCUUCCUGUUCUCCCCCUCCGGCCUCCGUGGAUGAUUGGAGCCAUGCCCAUCGUGUCUACAAGCACAGGGCUGCAUGAGACUCUGGCCCAUCUCACCUCUCGGCUGCACUCCGGGGCCAAACACAAGGAGGAGCUGGGCUUCCUCACGGAUGUCUUCAGUGAGAAGAGCCUCGGUUACCUCAUGAAGAUUCAUGAGAAACUGAAGCAAUAUGAGAAACACAGCCCCUCUCCAGUUCUACACAGCGCCACCUGCCUGGCAGAGGAUCUGGCAGAGGAACUUCAGAACGGGCCCCUGGAGGACGAUGAGCGGGAACUGCUUCUCCUCCUGAGCACCCCCCACCUCAAGGCGGUGCUGUCAGCGCACGACACGGUGGCCCAGAAGAAAUUUGACCCGGUGCUGCCGCCGCUGCCGGAGGACGUGGACGACGACCUGGAGGAAGAGUCGGUGAAGAUCGUCCGCCUGGUGAAGAACAAAGAGCCGCUGGGAGCGACCAUCCGGAGAGACGAGGUGACGGGAGCCGUCAUCGUGGCCAGAAUCAUGAGGGGAGGGGCGGCCCACCGCAGUGGCCUGGUGCACGUUGGUGAUGAGCUUCGAGAGGUCAAUGGAAAUCGGAUCGCCCACAGAAGGCCCGAUGAAAUUAGUCAGAUUCUGUGCCAGUCCCAAGGCUCCAUCACACUGAAAAUCAUUCCAGCUGUGGUAGAAGAAGACCAGCUGAAGGAAAGCAGGGUCUACCUCCGGGCUUUGUUCGACUACACGCCGUACGAGGACAAGGCCACGCCGUGCCAAGAGGCGGGACUGCCUUUCCACCGCGGGGACAUCCUUCAGGUCGUCAGCCAGGAGGACGCCACCUGGUGGCAGGCCAAGAGAAUUGGUGACUGUAACCUGCGGGCCGCCCUCAUCCCCUCCACGCAGUUCCAGGAGAGGCGUCUGCGGUACAGGAUGAAAAUGGGUUCUUCCCCCUUUGGCUCCAAAGCUUCUACAUGCGAUCGGGGGGAAAGAGCACCACCCACAUCAACCUGUCCUCCCUCUCGUCCCGCAUGGCGUCCUGCAGAAGACUGCGACCGCGAGGGAGCUCUGAAUGGAAAGGACAUGGCUGGUUCCCGCCUCAGGAAAGAUCGCCUCAGUUCCCCGGGAGAACCUCGAGCUCCAGAGGCCACUCGAGCAGAGUUCCAGAUUUAUGAGGAAGUGACUCAAUAUAUGCCCCGACCCGGUGAAAGGCCUCGGCUCAUAGUACUGAUAGGUUCUCUGGGAGCUCGGAUCACUGAGCUCAAACAGAAGGUGAUCGCUCAAAACCCUCAACUUUAUGGUUUGGCUGUGCCUCAUACUACCCGAGCCAGGAGGUGCUACGAGAGGGAAGGCGUAGAAUACCACUUCAUCAACAAAGCAGCUUUCGACGCCGGCAUACAAGGGGGCAAAUUUAUUGAAUUCGGUGAGUAUAAAGAUAAUCUGUAUGGCACCAGCUUGGAAUCCAUCCACAGGACGUUGGAUCAGAACAAGGUCUGUCUCGUGGACGUGCAGCCAGAGGCAGUGGUGACUCUCCGUACGGCUGAUUUCAAACCGUAUGUGAUCUUUGUGAGACCUCGCAUCGACGACGUUCAAAGUAAAUCACUUGGCUCCUCUUCCUCGCUCAGCUCCGUUAUCACGGAGGAUGAUCUGCACGAAAUGAAACAGUCGGCGGAGCAGAUCGACGCGUGCUACAGCUCCUGGGUGGACUAUGUGUUGAUGAAGGAGGACCCGGUCAGUGCCUUAGCUGAGCUGCAGGUGGUACUGGAGCGGGUGCAGACGGAGCGGCAGUGGGUGCCUGUGUCCUGGGUCAGGAGCUAACUUCCAUACUGUCACCAUUCCACACAUGCUGGGUCGCUUUGAUCUGUAAGACCAGCCAUAUUAUAGUUCUAAUGGAAGAGUAGGUCUGCAGACCAACUUUGCUUUGACACGAUGGUGAAUUAAGAAAUAAAACCCCAUGUGCCAUCCAUUUGGAGAAACCAUUUACUCUAGAAUGACAAUUAUAAACCAAACAAAAAAGGAAAAUAUACAUGUUUGCAUUGUGUGCAAGAACACACAAGGCCUUUCACUUCCACAGCUUCUUGAUCGACAUGUUCUUCUCGCUGUCUUUCUGCAUCACCUGGUGAGGAGAACGUGGAAAUUGGUAAUUAGCUUCAUUCUAAACCAAGACAGUGUGGCGAGAGACAUCAGAAGGUGGACCCUAGUUACACAAACCUUUGCCACAGCCAUCUCAAAGUCCUCCUGGGUGACGUGAACUCUCCUUUCCCUCAGAGCAUACAUCCCUGCCUCUGUGCAAACACCCUGACAAAAGAAGAGGAUAUUAAAUAAAUGGCCUUUUAAGAGCCAACAGCAGCCACUUAGUGAGCCGAUUCUCACCUUAACCUCAGCACCAGAGGCUCCGGGCAUCAGCUCUGCAAUCUUCCUCAGAUUAAUGCCACGUGUCAGGUUCAUCUUCCUGGAAUGGAUCUUCAAGAUGUCCAGACGGGCCUAAUCACGCAGAAUUAAGAUCAUCAAUACGAGAAUGACAGUGUGUAUGAGUUUGUAUUCUGUGCAAGUGACUCACCUCUUCAUUUGGAGGAGGGAACUCAAUCUUUCUAUCGAUCCUGCCUGGCCUGAGCAGAGCUGAAUCCAGGAUGUCGAUACGGUUGGUGGCCAUAAUGACCUGAGAGAAAGUGGAAUAAAAUUUUAAAAACAAA